AUGAAUUCAGAAGAAUUAGAGAGAGAAAUUGAAGAAAUUACACUGAAAGAAAAGGAGCAAGGUGCACAUACACAGAGCGAAUUGCAGUUUACUUGCUUCACUCAACUCGUCAACGAUGCUAACCUCCAUUUUCAGAUCACUCGCUUUCCCAAACAGAUAUUUGUAUGGAUUGGUUAUAACUCUGCGAAAUUGGGAUCAGUUUAUGCAGCAGCUUCAACUAGACCGAACAAUGUGGUUUCUGUAACUUCUAUACUUGGAGGGAAUUCUGAUAAUACGGGUUCUGGUAUUGCUCGUCGAUUAGUGUUGAAAACUGGUCUCAAUAUCAUUAUGGCUUGUAAUAUUCCGAAAAAUAGUCCCAUGGUUGAGAUAGAAGCUGAAAAAAUAUUGAUACAGAAACUAAUUAGUCUGGGAUAUACCAAGUCAAGAUUGGAAGGAACAUCUUUGUAG